UUGAUCUAUCUAUACAUAUAUGAAGUAGCUACACAAAUUAACUCAACCUACAAAAUUUUCCAGUCCUACUUAAUUUUCUUAUAUGAAUUCAGACCUGUACAAGGCAGCCUCUAAUGGCGAAAUCGGCCCCUUCAAGCAAAAUCACGAUGAACUUAAUCUUGUCCAAUUAGUCACCCAAGGAAAGAAUACAGUUUUGCAUCUCAAUAUCAUUUCUGAAAAAACCACUGACGAAAGCUUCACAAGAGAAAUGCUGGAGAUGUGUCCAGCAUUGUUGAUGCAAACUGAUGCAAGAGACGAGACUCCCUUACUUGUGGCAGCAAGGUGUGGUCGUGUCUCUAUGGUUAAGUUUCUUAUUGAAAAAUGUGGAGACGAACAAAUGGCGAAAUUAGAGAUGAUGAGGAUGAAGAAUAUAGAAAAGGACACUGCGUUGCAUGAGGCUGUGAGGUUCGGACAUCAUGAGGUUGUAAGUAUAUUGACCAGAGAAGACCCUGAUUUCUCGUAUUCAGCUAAUGAAAUGGGUGAGACUCCGCUUUACUUAGCCGUCGAAAGAAGCUACUGGUGCCCGGAAUUGGUUGAUGAAAUACUGAACAAUUGCUCGUUGUUGGACACUGGUGGUCCUAAUGGAAAAACUGUACUGCAUGCUGCAAUUCAAACCGGCUUCACAGGUUUGGUGAAAAAGGUUUUAGCAAAAGUAGAACAUAAUUUGAUGAAGCAAGGCGAUGAGGAGGGAUGUACUCCUCUGCACCAUGCGGCAAUUAGGGGUUAUGAAAUUGUAAAGAUGUUGCUUGAAAAAGAUGAAGGUAGUGCCUAUAUCAAAAAUCAACAUGGUAUGACACCUCUCCACAUCGCAACUGCCCAUAACUGUUGGGCUGUGAUGAGAGAAAUCAUAAGUAGAUGUCCAGAUAGCUGCCAAGUUGUUGAUAAUAAGGGUAGAAAUGCUCUACAUUAUGCUGUCACAACUCAACAAGUUUAUACAGUUAGUGAAUUCUUGGGACAUGAGUCACUUGGCAAUGACUACUGCUUUUUGAAUGGAAAAGACAUUGAGGGAAAUACUCCCUUGCUUCAUAUGGCUGCUACUUUAUCUUGGGAUGUCCAAAUUUUAGAUGCUUUGUUGUCUCACCCAAGAGUGGAUAAGAUGGCAUCCAACAAACAAAACAUGAAUAUUUUAGAUAUGGUGAAUCGUUUGGAUAAAAAACAACAUAAGAAGAUCCAACAAAAACUGCUUGAAGUCCUCCUUAAACAAAAAAUAUUAAAGAAUAUUUACCAAAGAUCAUUGCUAGUAAAUUCUCACUACGAACAAAGAUUAACAGACCGCGAAAAAUUAAAGGAAGAGGAGAGAAAUGAGUGGAAUGAAAGAAAAAAGUUCAUCACUACAAAAUACAAAGAGUCAGCUCUAGUUGCGGCAACAUUAAUUGCAACAGUAACAUUUACAGCCGGUUUCACUUUACCCGGAGGUUAUUUAAGUAAUGAGCUUAAAAAUCAACAACAACAAGUUAUUGGCACUGCUGUUCUCAUCAAUAACAAAGCCUUUCAAGCUUUCAUGAUAACAGACACAAUAGCCAUGGUGCUCUCUACUACCUCUGUCUUUAUGAACCUCUUCCUCACUAUAGUGUCUUCUGACCAACAUAGUGAAGACUUAGUGUCGUACUAUAUUGUGUCUAUGGUUUUAGCAAUGGUGGCUAUGGGAUUAAUGGUGAUAGCAUUUGUUACAGGUACUUAUGCAGUAUUGUCACCUUCCCUUGCUCUUGCUAUUGCCACUGGUCUUAUUGGAUUGUCUUUCUUUGGUCUUAUAUUGUACACAGUAACAAGGAGCAAAAGGGUAGUAGAAUUAUUUUGGGAUCUUCUACACAAAGUUUGUGAUCUACUGGAAAACGUUUGCUAUCUUCUAGUUAUACUUUCCAAUAAAGUGUGCAGAGUCUUACACUAUUAUCUCUCCAUUUAUCCAUAUUGGAAGUUAAGAUCGACUAUAAGAAAGUGCAUAGAAAAUGGCAUUGAUGAGGAUCUGGACCCGAAACCCAAACUUUGGUCAGAGGAUUAAAUAAUUUAAGUGUAUUUUAAACGAAAAUUAUAAUUACUCUUAAUAAUAUAUUUGUGUGAUUUUUUUUACUA